AUGAAAAUCCGGGCCCUUUGCUUCGCGCUGGGGACCGCAAGUGCCUGGCCGACGGAGUCUCCGCACUACCCGCACUACCACGGGCGGCAGGUCUUCAUUCUCAACGGCUCCUGGGCCUUUGCCUUCCUUGGCCAGCAGGACCCUGCCGCCUGGCCACUGCCCGAGCCGGAUGCUUGGGAGCUCGUGGAAGUCCCCGACGCUUUCGACCUGCGGCCGAACGAUCCGAACUGCGAUUGUUGGCCCGCGCGGGAGCAGUGCGAAAGGUGCUGCGAUCGAAGUUUGGGCCACCGGGGCGACCCCGAGUGCUGGGGCGAUCGGAGGUAUCUGGAUGGCGUCUGGAUCUACGAGCAAGGUCCACACUGGCAAGGCUUUGAGGCCUGCUGCAGACCAGACCCUCUGCGGCUGCGCCGCGGCACGGCGCUGUACCAAACGGAGGUCGAGGCCCCGCCGAACACCGCGGCCAUCCUGCAACUCGCUGCCUGCACCAACCGCUGCCUCGUCCGCGUGGACGGUGAGCUCCUCGCGGAUCACGCUGGCCUCUCGCCGUUGGAGGUGGAGGUGCCUCCCAGCGUCGAGGGGCGGCGAAGGAUUCUGGUUAUUGCAGACAACACCUUCAACAUGACAACCCACCCGGUCCAUCAGCCGAAGUACGACUGGUACCAGGCCGGUGGUCUGAUCCGCAGCGUGCAGUUUCACGUGCUAAGAGGGCCUGAGCCGCUGUACAUUGCUUCCGUGGGCAUUUGGCCACGCUCCGAAGCAGAGGUGGAUGUCGAGCUGCAGGCGUCUCCGGCUGCAGCCAAGCAGACAGACCUUGUCUUCCGCUUCCACUUCGAUGACGACAGCCGCUGCAAAGAGGCGGCCAGCUGGGAGCUGCUUGCUGGCGCGACGAUGCGGCUUCGGGUUCCGGAGGCGAGUGUAUGGCACACAACCACGCCCUCCUUGCACCGCCUUUCUGUGGCCUUGUUCCGGGAAGAAGAGAUGCUUGACUGCCACUGUGCUCGCUUCGGACUUCGGACCGUGGGGACACGCGGGGACCAGCUCCUUCUUAACGGUUCGCCCCUGAAGCUUCUUGGCUUCAACCGCCAUGACAUGGUCGACAGCCCGGUGGUCACAUACGACCAGCUGGUGACAGACGUCUUGCUGCUGAAAGACCUUGGGGCCAAUUUCAUUCGAGGGGCGCACUAUCCGCAGGAUCAGCGUUUCUUGGACCUUUGCGACGAGCAGGGCCUGCUGGUUUGGGAGGAAGUCUUGGGAUGGCAGAACACUGUGUCGGACUUUUCGGAUCCCACCUUCAUGGCCCAGAGCCUCCGCAUGGCCGAAGAGAUGGCCCGGGCGUCGGCGAACCAUCCGUCUGUGAUUUUCUACGGCUUCUUCAACGAGGGUGAGUCCUUCGACGAAGGGGAGGCGACCACUUGGGCCUACGAGUCCAUGGCGGCGCAGCUGCGCAGGCACAGCGGCCGGAGUCGCUUGAUCAGCUACGGGUCCAACCAUGCCGGGGAGGACCAGCAGCUGGGAUCUGUGGAUGUCUACGCAUUCCACUUGUAUCUGGCGUGGUACCCAACAACACGGCCAGUCGACAAGCAGGAGGUCGACGAGAUCCCGAGCGUCUGGGAGCAGGUCAGGCUCUGGGCGCUGCAGGCCGGCGAGAAGCCCAUGCUUGUCACUGAGGCAGGGGCCGGCGGUGUCUUCGGAUUUCGGGGCCCCGUGGUGCAGAAGUGGACGGAGGAGUACCAGGCUUUGGUCCUUGGCGCCCAUCUGUCUUCUGUCACCACGAACCCUCACAUCGCAGGUAUCUCUCUGUGGCAGUUCGCCGACAUCCUCGUCGACCGCAGCGUGAGUGAUGAGCAGCAUCGCCCGCGAGGCCUGAACAACAAGGGGGUCUUCAGCCUCUACCGCUCGCCCAAGCUCGGGGCAGCGGCCGUGAAGUCGGUGCUCCAGCGUGCAGAGGGCACCGAGUGA